AUGAGUUCGGAAGUGAUCAAACGGGCAAAUCCUGCCGAUGAUUACGAACUCCUACAACGGGUCGGCUCUGGCACUUAUGGUGAAGUAUACAAAGCUCGUCAUGUAAGGACGGGAGAAUUGUCGGCUGUCAAAGUGGUCAAAUUAGAAGCCGGCGACAAUUUCACCAUUAUUCAACAGGAAAUUCUAAUGAUACGUGAAUGCUCACAUCCAAAUAUUAUUGCCUAUCAUGGGAGUUAUUUACGUCGCGAUAGAUUGUGGAUCGUAAUGGAGUACUGUGGAGGAGGAUCGCUUCAGGAUAUUUAUCACAGUAAGUACAUUCAUAUGGAUUCAUUUUUGGCAAAUUUUAGCGCCAAUGUCUUUUUUUCUUGCUGUUGA